CUCAAGUGCAAUCGACUGCAAAGUCACGCUAUCUUUCAACGAUUCGGCACUCGCAGCGACACCCCUUCGCUGCCGAGGGCGGUAGGAAGCCCCUCCUUUCGCCCCUUCCAUCAGAUCCGUAAGCUAAGAAAUGGCGGCUGUCGCCCAGAAAAGCGGUGCCAGCGCCCUCCUGGGCUCGGCGCGCUUCCCCGGCGUCGCUCCCGUGCUCGCGCUCGGCGCGCUCGCGGCGGCGCUGCUGGCGGCCUUCGUGUGGGGCGCGCUCCCGGCCGCCUUCGAGGAGGUGGCCGUCAUGCUGGUCAUGGCGCCGCUGGCGAUCAUGGGCCUGAGGCGCGGACCCGGGCCGGAGGGCCACGGAGCGAAGGGCGCCAAGCGCGUUCGCGAGGCGAAGAAGGCGGGCGACUGCGCCGACGACGUCCGCGAGGAGGCCGGCAUCGGCGCAGCCCUGCGAGGGCGCCUCCGCGCCGCCGCCCGGGCGGGCGACGCCGGCGCCGUGGAGGCCGCCGACCGCGAGCUGCGGCGGGCGGGCGUGGAGCCCUCGGCGGCGUGCGUGGGCUC